AUGUCUAGACGAAAGUCGCAUGCGUGUUUCCAGGGAAUUGAGUGGAAGGGUCAACGAGCCGGCCAUCACAUUCGGAUUGUCAAAUCGAUCCAUUCCAAAUUUGACGAACUUGAUGAAUACGUUUUUGUCGUUCGACAGAGGACAGAUAAGACGACCCAGAAGACAACGUCCUACCUGGAUAUCAAGUCUACAUUUCUGCGGGAUAUCCUAAGAGAGGCCUGCCAUGACGUCCGCGGGAUCUCCCUGGCCGAGAAUACACCAUCGAUUGAGCGGGAUGCCGCCUUCCAUGUCCGCAAAGAUCUCCAGCAAUACCAACAGCGUCUUGCUGGCGAAGGCGAGGAAACUAUGGCCGAGAAACAUUUGGGUCUGUUUAUGCGGUAUCUUGAAACGGCUUUUAAGCCAAUCGACGAUCGUCUGUCUGUUCUCUUUGCGAGGAACGAGAUUACAUACGACCUGCUAUGGGCUUUAUUCAAGCCCAACGCAGAGGUAUACACAAGCUGCCGAGGGACCAAUGUGCCGAGAUGCGUCCUAUUCAACCAUCUGGAGGAAAGGACAGACGUGAGCGGCUCGAAAUUCAUCCGUCUUGAGACCCGAUACCUAGGCUCCGACGGAGAAUCCCUUGGCGAGGUCACAACAAGCAGCUCAAUUGCUGUCUUCCGCGGUGCUAUGCGGAUUGAGCUUCUCCCGGCGUAUCCUCUGCAGUAUCACCCCGAAGUAAAGGAGAUCCGCAGCCAGCUGGUGGAAUGUGGCCGCAAGUUCGUAUCUUUGCUUGGCAUUCACCAUCGACGGUACACAGGCAGAGCCUUACUGGUAUGGGACAAUCGCAUCGAGUCAUGUCACGGGAUUUCAAGUGCAAAGUGA